AUGUAUCUCAAGCUUUUGGACUGGUGUUUGGCUGCCCUCGCAGUCUUUCUCAUCAAGCAACUAUUCAGCCUGAAGCCUUCUAGGCCACUACCGCCAGGCCCUAGAUCACUCCCUAUCGUUGGAAACAUAUUCAACGUGCCUAUUGAUAAAUCGUGGUUUGCAUUUUCAGAUUGGCAAAAGAAAUAUGGCAUGUUCAUCAUUUCAUUGAUGUUCAUUGUCAUCAACUCUGCAGAAUUGGCGAUCGAUAUUUUGGACAAGAAGGGUGCUAUAUACUCUGAUAGACCUCGAUUCAUCAUGGCGGGCGACCUUGCUGGAUGGAACGAUACACUCGUUUUACUAGGAUAUGGUGAAACCUUGCGCGAAUAUAGACGACAUUUUCAUCGCCUAAUCGGAAGUCGUGCACUAAUGCAAAAUUUCCAUCCCACAGAGGAGCGUCUGACAUAUCGCUUCUUACAAGAUAUUUUGAAGAACCCUGACGAUCUGAUCACGCAUAUUCGCAAGACAGCAGGUUCAAUAAUUUUAAGCAUAUCGUACGGAUAUGACGUGCAGGGUGACCAUGACCCAUGGGUUAAAGUGGCCGACGAUAUACUCUCUCAAUUCUCAGAAAUGACCGUCGUUGGUGCCUAUCUAGUUGACUUCUUACCGUUCUUGAAACAUGUCCCGGAAUGGGUUCCAGGCGCCAGCUUCCAGAAGACCGCCAAAGCGUACAAAGCAACGUUGUAUCAAGCCGUCGACGGACUUCAUCAGUUUGCUGCCGGCAUUGCUCCCUUCUCAUUCGUUUCUAAUUUACUCGGAGAAGCGAAUUUGUCUGUGAAUGACGAGCACGCUAUCAAGUGGUCUGCUGCUGCGAUGUAUGGUGCUGGCGCAGAUACGACUGUCUCCGCGCUAUACUCAUUCUUCCUCGCUAUGACGCUACACCCUGAAGCUCAAAGGGCAGCUCAAGCCGAAAUCGAUGCUGUUAUCGGCAGUGACAGGUUACCCACUUUGGCUGAUCGCGCUGCUCUUCCAUAUGUCGAAGCCUUGUCGAAGGAAGUCAUGCGUUGGCACACUGUGGCACCUCUAUCCGUCCCUCACGCAUCGGCGGAGGACGACAUUCAUAACGGGUAUCUCAUUCCAAAAGGGUCUUACAUCCUAGUCAAUAUUUGGGGAAUACUUCACAGUAAACGAAACUACCGCGAACCUGAUCUCUUCAAACCAGAGAGGUUCUUGGGGGAUCACCCUGAGCUUGAUCCUCGGACUGUUGCCUUUGGAUAUGGCAGACGGAUUUGUCCAGGCAUGCACCUCGCAGAUGCAUCGAUCUUUAUCACAUGUGCAACAACUCUUGCAGUGCUCAACAUCACAAAAUGGGUUGAAAACGGAGUAGAGAUCACCCCCACUCUUGACGGCCUUGCGGGCACCGUCUCGCACCCAGCUCCGUUCAAAUGUUCAAUCAAGCCUCGUUCCUCAGAGGCUGAAGCUUUAAUCCAUGAAAUACCUGCACAUUAA